AUCGCCUUGUCAGUGCUCCCAUGCCACAGGUGCGCAAGGAUGGUGGGAGGCCUUCGCAAGGCGGGACCUGCAGCACGCCGAGCGGAGCGGCAGUUUCCAGCCAAGCGAUGAUUAGCACCAGCCAGGGCACAGGUAGCGAUUCCAGCUCGCUAGCCAGCACCCUGGUUAUCGAGACGCUGAAGAAGUCCUUGAUGAAGGAUGUGGGCGCAUACCCCAAGAGCUCCAUGACCAGCCCUUGCUUGCCUGCUGGCGGCCCAUGCGGCGCUGGCAGUUUACAGCCUCCGGACCUGCUUCAGGAGAUGCGCUCAAUCCGACAUGAAGUCAGGAUGGAAGUCCAAGCUCGCAAGCAGAUGGGCGCCAGCAUGGACUCCAUGAUACAGGAGGAAAGGAAGCGACGAGACGAGGCCCUCCGCACGUCGCAAAGCCUCCGGGAGCAGUCGGAGAGCCGAUUGGAGCAGCGAUGGCACACCACCAUCAAGGAAGAAUCCGCUUUGCGUCGCGCGGUAGAGAGCCAUCUCGAGGCACGAUUGGGAGCGAUGCAGCGAGAAGUGCGGCUCGAAGUAGGCGCCGCUGCAACCCAGACGCAGCAAGUCCUCAGCGAGUUUGGCCACUUUCGAGACAACAUCCGGCAGGAGCUGGACAUGCAAAAGCUUGAAAUCAGCAAUGCCACCACCGAUCUUUCCAGGCUGGUCGACCAACUUCGGGUCCAAGCUCGCGGCGAGGCAACAUCUCCCACAGCAUCGUCGUCCAUCACCGAGGGUCUCGUCCGUGCGGAGGUCCGUCGGCAGCUGAGUGAAAGGUCGAGUGAUCCUGCAGGGGCUGGCCUCGGAGCACCAUCCGUACCUGCGGGGGAGCUGCAAGCCCUGGCCAGCCGCGUGGAGCAUCUUGAGAAGGCCUUGGAAGCAGAGGCCACCAGCCGCCACGAGGAAGCGACGAAGCUGCUGUCGACCUUUCACGAGUUGGUAGCGGGCGGCCGACAACGCCAAGAUGAAGCACUGCAGCAGGUUGAGCAGCGGCUGCAGGCCAAGUUGGACACUGCCACCGCUGAGGCCAAGGCCAUCCAAGAGGCUUCCGAGGCCCACCAUCGGAGCCAGGACGCUGAGAUGCAGGCGACUCGUGAGAGGGAGGAGACCUAUAUGCUGCUGCUGAAGUCCUUUGAUGAGAAGAUUCCUGAGGAGAGGCUGAAGGUUCAGCAGUUGAUGGCAGAGCAGCAAGUGCACCUCGAGACUGCCACCAAAGAUAUCGAGAAGCAGCUGCAGGCGAGUCUGGAAGCCAGUGUGGCAUCGUUCGUGGAAAGAAGCUCCAAGGAGCUCAUGACCAACCGCCAGGAUCUGCUGGAACUGCGCGAGGAGCUUCAAGAGGUUUCGCGCAGCAGCCGAGAAGGCCUGGACCAGGCUAUCUCACGACUUAGCCGGCCGCCGUCUGCUGAUGAGCAAGAUGGUGCGAAGGCGAUGUCCAUGCGGCCUGAGCUUCAGGACGUGCAGCGCUUGAUCGAUGGCCAGACCAAGCUACGGGAGGAGCUUUGGACGGACGUCGACAGAGUCCGGAACGAGCUGCGCAUGGAGUCCUCGUCCCGAAAGGAGGACGUGCAGGGCGUCCGGUCCAGCUUGGACCGGAUACGAGAGCAGGUGAGGGGAAUGUCUUCUCUGCCUGCAACCGGGACCACGACCGGCGCCUUGCCCGGCACUUCCGCAGAAGAGCUGCGCGCCGCGAUUCAGGCGGAGCGCCUGGCCCGAGAGGACGGUGAUGACAAAUGCAUGCAGCAGGUGCGUGAGCUCUUGGGUGAUGAAAGGCAAAAGAGGGCCAGCGACAUCAGCGCCUUGGAACUCCGCGUGCAGUCGGAGGAGCAGACCAUCUUCAUCGAAAGCGGGAAGAGAGAGGAGCGCGACCGUGACAUCCUUAGCCAGCUGACCUCUGUCUUCCAGGAGCUGGAUGCUGUCAAGCUCCAACAAGUGACGGGCUCGACACAGCGCCUGAAGCUGGAUGAGUUGAGCAAAUCCCAGGAAACCCUGCAGCAGAAAAUUCAUCAAGCUGCCGAGGUGCCUAACACAGUUCCAAAGUUGGCACGUGGGAGCCCAGUGAACUCAGGCUUCGUGAUACCGCCUGGCGUCAACGUCCGCCCGACUGUUCUUGCGGGACAGGCUCCACAGCUGCACCGGCCACCAGCCGUUCGCCCUCAGUCUCCGAACGGCAGCAAAUGA